AUGGACAGAUCUGAGUCAAAGUUUAUUGAAGAAAUCAUUGGUGAGAUUAGAAGAUUAAUUCCUAAGUUGUUACAUGUUGGUGAGAACAUAGUUGGAAUGGAUGAAAAUUUGAAAAAAGUGAAGUUCUUGAUAGACACCCAAUCAAAUGAAGUGAGCAUGGUUGGGAUUUAUGGGAUUGGUGGGAUUGGUAAAACUACCAUCGCCAAGGUUAUUUACAAUGAUAUGUUAGAUCAAUUUAAACGUCAUAGCUUUCUUGAAAAUGUGAGAGAGAAAUCUAAAGAUGAUCGUGGUGUGCUUCAAUUACAAGAAAAACUUCUUUGUGAUAUUCUAAUGGAGAAAAAUUUGAAGUUAAGUAAUAUUGAUGAAGGAAUCAAAAUGAUAAUUAAGAGUAAGCAUCACUUGGAAAAGGUUCUUAUUGUUCUUGAUGAUGUAGAUUGUCCAAAACAAUUAAAAUUUUUUGCUCCUAAUUCUGAAUGGUUUCAUCCAGGAAGCAUAAUCAUCGUGACCACGAGAAAUAAACGUUGCCUAGAUGUACAUGAGUCAUAUUCAUCAUAUGAGGCUAAGGGAUUAGCACACAAGCAAGCUAAGGAACUCUUUUGUUGGAAUGCCUUUCAACAACACCAUCCAGAAGAGAAUUAUGUGGACCUCUCUAAUCGUAUAUUGGAUUAUGCUAAAGGCCUUCCAUUGGCUCUUGUAGUUUUGGGUUCUUUUCUUUUUCAAAGGGAUGUGGAUGAAUGGGAAAGCACAUUGCAUAAACUAAAAACAAACCCUCUCGAGGAUAUUCAAAAGGUGCUCCAGAUAAGUUAUGAUGGACUAGAUGAUAAAUGCAAGAAGUUGUUCCUUGAUAUUGCAUGCUUCUUCAAAGAUCAGGAGGAAAAAUUUGUUACAAGAAUACUAGAAGGUUGCAAAUUGCAUCCCAAGAUUGGACUAAGAGUUCUUGAAGAGAGGUGUCUCAUUUCUAUAUUUGGUGGUACUAUAAGGAUGCAUGACUUGUUACAAGAAAUGGGUUCAGCAAUUGUUCGCCAAAAUUAUCCAGAACAGCCUGGAAAAUGGAGCAGGUUGUGGGAAUAUGAGGAUAUUGAAAGCGUAUUUACAAAAAAUAUGGGAACAAACAACAUUGAGGGGAUAUUCCUAAAUUGGACUAAAGCAAAACCUAUACAACUUGCUACUGAAGCUUUCAGAAAGAUGAAUCAACUUAGAUUGCUCAAAGUCGAAUACAAUAUGAAACGCAAAAUUUCUGUUGGUGAUUCUUUAUUUGGAGGCCAUGGAAUUAGCAUUGUUAUUCCUAGAAGUAGUGGAAUUCUCGAGUGGAUAGGGUAUCAGAGUACAGGAAGUGAUGAAGUAAUAAUAGAGCUCCCUCCAAAUUGGUGUGAAAAUAAUGACUUGCUAGGAUUUGCUUUAUGUUGUGUUUAUGUUUCACUUGAUGAUAAAUUUAACUACCAAUAUGAGGAUCCAUCUGCCCAUGAAUCUCAGAAUGAAUCAGCUCAUACAUCUGAGAAUGAACCCAACAAUGGAUCUGGUUGUGAAUCUGAAAAUGAAGAAUUGUUGGAGUUCUAUUGUAAUUUGAGUAUCCGAGAAAAUAAUCAAUCAGCAGACGUGGAGCAUUUCUCAUUUAUACCUUGUUGUGUUAUUGAUGGUGUAUCAGAUAUAGCAUGA